GGGGAGAGAAAAGUAUCAACAAUUCGUAAUGUGUUAGCUGUUAUUAAGGGGUUAGAAGAGCCCGAUCGUUUUGUGCUUAUGGGCAAUCAUAGAGAUGCAUGGAGUUUUGGGGCUGUGGACCCAAACAGUGGAACUGCUGCAUUACUCGACAUUGCACGUCGAUUUGCUCUUUUGAGACGGUUGGGGUGGAGCCCUCGAAGAACAAUUCUUCUUUGCAGUUGGGAUGCUGAAGAAUUUGGUAUGAUAGGAUCUACUGAGUGGGUUGAGCAAAACAUUGUGAAUCUUGGAACCAAAGCUGUGGCCUACCUUAACGUAGAUUGUGCAGUUCAGGGGCCAGGAUUCUUUUCUGGUGCGACUCCUCAGCUUGAUGAUCUCCUUCUUAAGGUUACUGCACAGGUCCAGGAUCCCGACGUGAAAGGUGCAACAGUGUAUGACACAUGGACUGCCACAAAUGGUUUUGGGAAUAUUGAAAGACUUGGUGCUCUGAAUUCUGAUUUUGCUGCAUUUGUGCAACAUGCAGGAGUUCCUUCUGUUGAUGUGUAUUAUGGAAGAGAUUUUCCUGUCUAUCAUACCGCCUUUGACACCUAUGAUUGGAUGGCAAAUUAUGGAGAUCCAUCGUUUCAUCGACAUGUGACUGUUGGAAACAUUUGGGGACUGCUAGCCCUUCGACUCGCUGAUGAUUUAAUUCUCCCUUUCAGUUACGUCUCUUAUGCGAAUCAGUUACAGGCAUACAAGGAUACACUUAAUGAUUUCUUAGAUGAGAGCGUAUCAUUGCUCCCAUUAUCGACAGCCAUCCAAGAACUACAAUCUGCUGCCCAAGAAAUUGAGAACGAAGCCAAGAGGUUGAGAGAGCAAGAAACUUCUAGUGAUGUGGCAUUGUUGCAGAAGCGAGCAUUAAACGAUCGUUUGAUGCUUGCCGAAAGAGGCUUCUUGGAUGUAGAUGGGCUCCGAGGCCGUCCUUGGUUCAAGCAUCUUGUUUACGGGCCUCCGAGCGACUAUGAAAGUGCACUGGUUUACUUUCCCGGUAUUGCAGAUGCAGUUUCCGAAUCCACGAAAAUGAACCAAAGAGAAAGGCAGGCUGCAAUUCAGCAUGAGAUCUGGAGAGUGGUUAGAGCCAUUAGAAGGGCCGCUACUGCUCUUAAAGGUGAUCUCUCAUGAAACAAAGGAAAAGGCAUCUAAAAUUUUACAGCAUCUGAGUUUUAUACAUAUGGGGAAUGAAAGCGAUAGCAAGUACCGAACACACGCCUUUGUAAGUUGUUCCUUAUCUCUCACUCGGUUUCUCAUCGUCACGUUGUCAUCUUCUUCUUCUGCUUUUUUCAUGGGAACUGAAGAUGAAUAGGUUUUAAAUUGUAAUAUAUUCCCUCGAGACUUCCUUUUUCUUGUUUUUUUUGUUGAACACAAGGUAUGAGGUCGUUUCCAUGAAUAUAUACCUGUUUUUUUUUGCUUUGAAAAA